AUGUAUCGCUUGCGCAAGAAGUCCGAGGCCAAACGCAGCCAGAUCCCCGAACCUCUGCGCCCAAGGCGGCAAGAUACUGAGCCAUUACCUACCUUACCGCCCGCUGACAAUUUUCGCACGUCACUAAUCUUGCCAGAUCUUACUCGCCGUUUCAGCGUCCUCCGCACCACAUCAGGCACGCCUAUCGGGAUUGAUGACCUGAAGACCAAGUUUGCGGAACAGAGAGCGCGUGGUUCUGAGCAUCAGCUAUCGGAGGAGGAAGAGGACAUGAUCCUGGAGGCUCUUGGUCGCCUGCACGUUCGGAGUGCUACGGCGAGGAACAGUGGUGGAGAGGAAGGAAGUGGUAGUCAGACAGAUGGCCAAUCGGCGCGGUCUUCGAGUACGGCAACGUCUCCGUUGCGCAAUGCUCCUUCGGUGUCGUCUCUGUCUUCGGCCAAGGGCUCGAAUGUCAGCAGGAGAAUGAGUAACAACCUGUUCGGCUCGGGCAAGUUCCGCGAUCAGGCAUAUAUCCGCAAUGCUAAUCAGACGAGGCGAAGCGGGGCUACCAGAGCGCUUUCCGUCACGCCGUCGGAGUCUAGCAUGAGCAUGAGCACGUUGGCGAGCAGCAGGGCCGGGCAGAAUAUAUCGGUCUACUCCGACAACCAGAGUCUGCGACCAACAACACCGGAGGGCAGCACAUAUUCACCCUCCACUUCUGCUCCCUCUAGCCCUAACAAGGAUCAGACCGUUGAUCAAUACUCUCCUGGAAGAUCUACGGCGGUGGAUCCUCGUCCUGACUACACAGCGUUGGGCAAGCGAUUAUCCAAGACUUUGUCGCCGGAAGGACUCAGGCGUGCAUCAUUGGCGUUGGACGAGGUGAUCAAGGAACUCGAAGAGGAAGGGGACGACGAGAUUGUCAUGGAGCGGUCACCCAUUGCGCAUGUACCUAGCAGUACCCUGAACAGCGGUUCCGCUACUACUCAUGAACAUGAUCCCAACUCUCCCCUCACUUCGGCAGUGGAUUUUGAGCAUGUGACAGCUGUAUCGUCGGAUGAUCAAGUGACGUCUGAAGAGCUCCAGCGCUCAUCGCCCAAUCCGCACUCUCGGACUACGUCUCCUACUCCACGCCUUCCUGGAUAUAUUCCUGGCAUGCCCAGGCCCAUGACUCCCCGCGAGACAUCGUUUGACUCUGACGAUCAAACACCUUCAACGACACCGCGUGCCACGAGUCCUCGUCUUCCCAGUAUCAACGUCGCGUCUGCUCCAAUGAUUCUGCAGAGUUUCACUUCCUCCUUAUACCGAAGCAACUCCAAUGCGUCAACAUCUCGCCAAUCGGUCCGUCCUACACCAACACCGACUGCUUCGACGCCACCGCUGUUCUUUAACAGGAGCACCAAUGGUAGGUUCACUCCGGAAGACCGACAGCAUAACGAUGCGAAUUCUCCCACAUCGGAGAUACUCGAUUCUCCGAUACUUGGUCGACGAAGGCCUAUGUCACCCCUUUCAGGGCCAGCUUUCCAGCCUCUUGCAUCCUCUCGACCUGGCACGCCCUCGAAUGUGACCUGGAGUGCUGCUAACUCUAAAGUACAUCGUAGGAACGGCAGUACGUCAGGACACAGCAGGAGUGGGAGCACGACCAGCAUUCCGGAUACCACCGCUAUCGAACCUCUGGAGCGAUCGAAGUCGACUGCGACCGCAAGAUCUCUGCGUUCGCCCGCCCUUCCAGAUUCUCCGUGUGUCGAUGGAGUGGCGGACGGUACUAUCUCAGUCGGUACCCAGUUGGAAGUUCGGCCUGCGUCUGCUAUGUCUGCUAUGGAGCUGGGGUCACCCCUCAGUGUCAAUCGUCCUCUACGUUCGCCCACACCAACAUAUAACAACAAAUCCCCCACAUCGCCUACAUUUCCUGAACAUGCUAAUUCAGUCAUCACCAGUGGCGAUAGCACCGCUCCUAGUCGUCGGUCGUCCAAGCAGAAUCAGCAUUCUUCUUUCUCUCUGGGAUCUCCUCAUGCACUCCUGUUCUCUCCGUUUGCCAAUUCAUCUCGCUCUUCGUUAGAGUCGGUAGGAUCGAGUUAUCACUCUUGGGAUGAAGAUCAUAAGAAGGAUCGCCUGUUCGGCCUCUUCAAUAGCCUUGACCCUCAGCAUACGGAGUGGCACGAUAUCUCUGUAGCGGACAAGUUGACUUCAUCGACACCCGGUACCUCCCCUUACGAGGGUUUGGACCUUGAAGAAGCAGUCAGGCGCCAGACAGGGCUCACGAAGUUUGACUUUAUUGCCAUCCAGGACAAAUUGGUCACCGCAGCGCUCACGAAAGCUGUCACCCCGGAGGGGCGAAAUCGCGCGUCUUCUAUCAGGAAGAGGAGGCCUUCGACCUCGCAGUCGAACUAUUCGUACAACGGUGGAGACAACAGGGUUGCCAGUCCGGCACCACAGCCUCAGAGCACGAUUCCUGCGACAUCUCGGCCUGUCAACAGCGACCAUAUCGCGAAGGCGAGUGCCCUCCUCGAUUCGGUGGUGGAUAGCAUCGAGGCGCCACGUCCGAAGCUGCCGACUCCUCGUGAACCUGAAGACGUGAUGAUCACCCGGCCUCGCACUCCUGCUGAUCCAUCGAGCCUGGGUCGCCGUCAUCGAGCGCUUGCGGAUGCUCUCUUCGGCGCUGAAGACAAAGUUCCGUCGUCGGCUCAUACGGAGGACUCUGCAAUUCCGCUGAUUAUUGAACCAUCCGUAGCAAUCGAACAUACACCGGGUGGAGUUACUGCAGAACGAUCGUUAGCGCAAUCAUCGCAGCAACCGAUGCCGAGUAGCUCGACUCGGAACCUUGUCUCGACCACACCCACGCCUAGUCAAGCCCACCCUCAUCUCACCAGCGAUCGCGUCGAUGCGACACAGUUGGCGAAGGAGGUUCAGCAGAGGGCUGAAGCCGCUACGGCAGCGUUGAGGAAAUCACCAUCAAUACCCAAGCUCGGUGACGGGCUUGGCACUGUGCAUCGCAAGCGCAUCCACCCCAAUCAGAUCUCGUCGCCGACGUUGGUCUCAGCAUCGACGAGCGUAGAUACCAUACCUCUCCAGUCAACUUCACCUUCUCUACAGCCUAAUGGGUCAAAUAAAAAUAUCGGUUCGCGCUUGAAGAGGCUUCGGGGCACGCUUCGUGCGAAGCCGCCUGUCCCUAAUGGUGGAGAAGUCACACCGUAUCCUGCAAGUCUACGCUCACCCCCUGAACCGAUGCCAACGUUUAGUGCUACGACCCUGAACCUUCACCCGGAGCCGGUCAUCGCAGCUAGAGUGAAGUCUCCUCGGCUACCAGUGACUAGCCCCCCGGCGUCUGCACAACCUGGUCUCAAGGGAUUCAUGGCUCGCUUCCGCAAGCAUCGAGCGGCAGAGACACACCCAUCUGUCCAGCGGCAGCGACAGAUUCCAUCCUCCGCAGCGUCUUCUUCACCUUCCUCGUCACCGUCGCACGAUCGUAUUUUUCCCCAGACUACGCAGUCUGCGCCACACACACAAACCGUAUUCCGGAGUCCCAGUCCUGAUCAGCCUCGGCCUAAUCCAGUUGUACCCUCCACUCCAACAGUGAACGUUGAGUCACCUCAGCACCCUGAGACGGACGAGGUUGCACUGAGACAAUUAUUUGAUGCUGCUUCGAAUCUUGGACUGGACCAAUCUGCGUUGAAUGAUCUGAUUGCCCGUUCAUCUUCGACUUCAUCUCGUUCGACGGCGUGGACAAAGCUGACACGAAUGACUUCUGCUACUGAGAGCCAUAGGAGCCAGUUACGAAGUAUUCGAAGUAGCAAUGGUCGGGAUGAUAAUCGCUCGGCUGUUGCGUCUGACGGACGUCCCAGUGUAGAGGGUUAUUCCCCCCGGCCUUCCGUUGACACUCGGCAUGCUACGGACCGCAAGCCUGCUGACGCUGUUGCUCAACCUCGUCCAGAGCUGCGCACCGAUGGUGCGAAUGCUAUCGUUCGAAGGACAAUUUUUUUCCCUUCAGAUUACAGGACGUCUGCAGUAGAUCUGAAUGUCCUUAUGCGAAAGCAGACUUCUUCACUACGCCGUCGAUCGGCUAGUGCCGUUUCCGUUCAUUCCACUCGUUCAAUCCAUGAUCGUGUCCCAACACCACCACCGCAUAAAUCGUCUGGGGCACGCCGCUUCUCGGCUGAUGGCUCACCUCCUGUCCCGCAAUUACCACAGUCCAUAUCCUCACAGUUAGACACUUCCUCGCCGGCUACGGUAGGUCCGAUAGAAAAAUCCAGUUCAGCUUAUGAUUCAUUGUAUGAGAUGUAUGCUGGAGACAGCAGGUCCGGAAAUACUUUCGCUCCUGAUGGGCAGGGAGCAAGUACCUCGCUGAGUCCUCAUAAUGAUUCUAUACCUGAGUCGAGGCCCGCCUUGGAAGUUGUAGAGUUGGCCAAUGGGGAGACCAUAUGGUCAAUUGUCAAUGGUUUGCGGGAUGAUGAUGGCGAAUCAUACUACGGGGAUCGCACGAGCUUUGUGUCAGACUACUCCACCAAGGACUCCAACAGCGAUCCGGUGAAAUUAUUUUUCAAGGAGCAUGAGAGGAAGUCGUCGAAGGGUAGUAAUGCGUCUUUCUUGUCGCGGAAGAAGCAUCCGAAAGGUUCUAGUCGUCCGGAGACAAAGGUUUUCUUCAGUUCUUCUGCGCAGAUCGGGCGCCUUAUAGAAAAUAUGUCACGUGGUAUGGACGCAGGUUCGUUCAACAUCGCCCCCGACCGCCCACAGGCACACCUUGGGCACUCUACAUCAACGUCUUUCGGCUCCGAAUCCGACGCGCACUGGACAGUUGAGGAGAGACUUGAGCAGAUGCUUGGUUCAAUCAGUUCUAACUCAUAA